CGUGCAACAACAACUAGACUAACGGCAACGGCAACAGAAGCAGCAGCACCAAUAACAACAACGACAACAAAACCAACAAGGAGAGCGAAAAAUCAUGAGCGAGAAACGAAUUGCGCACAAAACUGUCAUCAAAUGACAAAUGCUUGACAGCAUCAAUCAGCAACAGCAACGGCGACGGCAACAGCGACAGCAACUGCGACGCCAACAGCGACGGCGACGGCGACAGAGAUGGUAGUGCAUGGCCGGCGCCGCCGCCGCAAGCUUAUACACAGCGACGCCGGCAGAGCAGCAGCAGCAGCAAAGGUAACAGCCGGCGGUUUCAAGCAUGAUCUGUUCGCAUUGCAGCUGCCGCUACCGCUGUCGCUGCCUCUGCUGCUGCUGUUGUCUCUGCUGCUGAUGCGCGUCACAGCAGCGCUGUCGACGCCGACGUCGCUGCAUUUAAAUGAAACCAAAGAAAUGCGUAACACUGCCAAGCAACUUAACGGCAUAAGUGUCUACAAUAUGUCUACCACGCCCGCAGCCACGCCCACAGCCACGCCCACAGCAACCGCCCCCGGCAUUAGGGAAAACGUUAUGCUGCCCUCAUCGGAUCCGGAGCGUGAGGCGCAAAUACUGUACGAGAAAUCGCUGCAGGAAUAUCACGGCAGCCAGCACGCCAAGGCAACGGCUGCUGCUGCUGCUGCUGCUGCGGCUGCCGGUGGUAAUAGCGACGUCGACGUCAGCAGCAACUCCAACAGAACAAAUGCACACACUGUGCACAGCGUCUGCGAGCUGUGGCUGCUGAAGCAUUGCCACUGCACCGGCAGCCUCGAGAAUUUGAGGCUGAGCUGCCGCAGCAUUGGCAUCCUGGCUGUGCCUGUUAAUUUACCCAGCGAGGCUGUAAUUCUCGACUUGGGUAACAACAAUUUGACCAGAUUGGAGGCUAAUUCAUUUUUCAUGGUGCCACAUCUCGAGGAGCUAACAUUGUCGGACAAUAGCAUCAUUAAUAUGGAUCCGUAUACGUUUUACGGCUUAGCCAAAUUGAAGCGUUUAAACUUGCAAAAUUGCGGCCUUAAAGCGCUCGCGCCGCAUUCCUUUCAAGGACUCAGCCAGCUUGUCAGCCUUCAAUUGAAUGGCAACGCCCUGGUCAGCCUGGAUGGCAACUGUUUGGGCAACCUGCAGCAGCUGCGCUCCUUGCGCCUCGAGGGGAAUCUCUUCUAUCGCAUUCCGACAAACGCUUUGGCCGGACUCAAAACUCUAGAAGCACUCAAUUUGGGCAGCAAUUUGUUGACAAUAAUAAACGAUGAGGACUUUCCACGAAUGCCAAAUUUGAUCGUGCUUUUACUAAAGCGAAAUCAAAUCAUGAAAAUCUCUGCGGGUGCUCUAAAGAAUUUAACGGCCUUAAAAGUUUUAGAGCUGGAUGAUAAUUUGAUAAGCAGUUUGCCGGAGGGACUUGGCAAAUUGCCGCAGCUUCAGGAGCUCUCCAUGACAAGCAAUCGCAUACGCUGGAUAAACGAUACGGAGCUACCGCGUAGCAUGCAAAUGUUGGAUAUGCGAGCGAAUCCUCUAUCCACGAUCACAGCGGGCGCCUUUCGGGGCAUGACCAAGCUGCGAAAGCUUAUACUCUCCGAUGUACGCACCUUGCGGCACUUUCCCGAACUGGAGGCUUGCCAUGCCCUGGAGAUACUUAAGCUGGAUCGCGCCGGCAUUCAGGAGGUGCCAUCGAAUCUGUGUCGUCAGACGCCAAGACUGAAGAGUUUAGAACUUAAAACCAAUUCCCUGAAAAGCAUCCCAAAUUUAAGUAGCUGCAGAGACUUAAGGCUGUUAGAUCUAUCGAGUAAUCAAAUUGAGACGUUACAAGGACGACCUUUCCAUGGACUUAAGCAGCUGCACGACCUGCUGCUCUCCUAUAAUCGCAUCAAGACACUGCCGCAGGAUGCCUUUCAGGGCAUACCCAAGCUGCAGCUGCUCGAUCUGGAGGGCAAUGAGAUAGCUCACAUACACAAGGAUGCGUUUGCCGCUUUUACCGGUCUCGAGGAUCUCAAUUUGGGCAAUAAUAUAUUUCCCCAGCUGCCAGAGGCUGGUUUGCGUGGCCUGCUGCACUUGAAGACUUUCAACAAUCCAAAACUGCGUGAAUUCCCACCGCCCGAUACGUUUCCACGCAUCCAAACGCUAAUUCUCUCGUAUGCGUACCAUUGUUGCGCCUUUCUGCCUCUGGUGGCAAUGUCUGCACAGCGCAAGACCUCCCAGGUCCAGGAGGCGGUGCUCUUUCCCUCCGAUGCGGAGUUCGAUAUGACAUUGUGGAACAACAGCAUGAUGAACAUUUGGCCACAAAUGCACAAUCUCAGCAAGCAGCUGGGCGCUGCCAUGCACGACCUGUGGGACUCGCCGAUGAACAACUACAACCUGAACGAGGACGCGCAGCAGGUGCCGACGGGCAGUCAGUUGGCCAACAGCUACAUGGAGGAGUACUUCGAGGAGCAUGAUAUGAGUGCGCCCGGCACUGGCUAUGGACUAGGCACCGGACUGUUCAGUGGCAUUACGGCCGAUGACUUCCAGCCGGGCUCCGUGCAGUGUCUGCCCAUGCCGGGGCCAUUUCUGCCCUGCGCGGAUCUCUUUGACUGGUGGACGUUGCGCUGCGGCGUUUGGGUGGUCUUUCUUCUGGCGCUGCUCGGCAACGGCACCGUCGUCUUCGUGCUCAUCUGCUCCAGAUCGAAAAUGGAUGUACCGCGCUUUCUGGUCUGCAAUCUGGCCGCAGCCGACUUCUUUAUGGGCAUCUAUCUGGGCAUUCUGGCCAUUGUGGAUGCAGCGACAUUGGGCGAGUUUCGCAUGUUCGCAAUACCCUGGCAAAUGUCGCUGCUCUGUCAGUUUGCCGGGUUUCUGGCUGUGCUGAGCUCAGAGCUGUCUGUCUAUACGCUGGCAGUGAUCACGCUGGAGAGGAAUUAUGCGAUUACCCAUGCGAUACAUCUGAACAAGAGACUUUCGCUGCGCCAGGCGGGCUAUAUAAUGAGCGUGGGCUGGAUCUUUGCCUUCUGCAUGGCGCUGCUGCCGCUGCUGGGCGUCUCCGAUUAUCGCAAGUUUGCCGUCUGCCUGCCCUUCGAGACGACGACGGGCGUGGCCAGUCUGACGUAUGUGAUUAGCCUGAUGUUCAUCAAUGGCUGCGCCUUUCUCACCCUAAUGGGCUGCUAUCUGAAGAUGUAUUGGGCCAUUCGCGGCAGCCAGGCCUGGAAUACGAACGAUUCGCGCAUUGCGAAGCGCAUGGCCCUGCUGGUCUUCACGGACUUCCUCUGCUGGUCACCGAUUGCAUUUUUCUCGAUAACGGCCAUAUUCGGACUGCAGCUCAUCUCGCUGGAGCAGGCGAAGAUCUUUACGGUGUUCGUGUUGCCGCUGAACAGCUGCUGCAAUCCGUUCCUCUAUGCCAUCAUGACCAAGCAGUUCAAGAAGGACUGCGUGACGCUCUGCAAGCACUUUGAGGAGACGCGCGUCAUAGGUGCCGCUGGCGGUGCAGCCGCAGCGGGAGGCGGUGGCGGUGCAGGAAUCAGUGCCGCACGUGCUGCGCGUGGUAAACGUGGUGCUGGAGAGCUGCCGCCGCCUCUGCUGCCCGCUGCUGCUGGAGUCGCUCAUCCGCCUGGUUGCCGGUGCUUGCGCAUGCUGCCCAGCGAGAUGCCCAACUGGCAUAAGAUAGAGCAGACGCCGACGCUGUGGCAGCGCUUGAAGCGUCUCUGCUGUGGCCAGCGGCAGCGACGCAAGCAGCGACGGCAGCCGCAGCAGCGACGUCAGAGGGCCUACACCGCCGCUGCGGCCAAUCCGUAUCAAUAUCAGUUUGCGGAGCUGCGACAACAGCGCAAAAAUCGCGCCAGCUCCAUAUCCAGCGAGAAUUUCUGCAGCUCUCGCAGCUCCAGCUGGCGACAUGGCACCAACUCUUCGACGCCGGCCCCGCAGUCCAAUUGCAGCAUGCCGCUAAAGCUGAUGGAGCCGGGACAGGGGCAUACGCACGGCAGGCGCAGGCACUCGGCUUGGCUGAUCACACGGAAGACCUCACAGGACUCGAAUUUGUCCAGUUCACGCAACGAUUCAUCGGCAUCGGCUACAACGGCCAGCACCUCCACAUUCCGUUUAUCGCGCUCCAGUGCCGGUAGCAGCACGCCGCUACCCUCAAUAAUAGCUCACAAUGGCAAACAGCAGCACGAUACGCUGACUAAGCCGCGUCUGGUGCGCCAGGAGGCGGUGCAGGAGGAGGAGGACUCAUCGCCGCCACGCCUUGGUGUACGCUUUCUGCCCACCAUACCCUCCGCCGCGGACAGUUCGGUCAUUAUGGAAGACGGCGAUUCGGCCAGUGCGGCAGCUGGCAAUGCCAUAUUGGGCAUGCCGCAGCCAGGUGACUCGAGCGGAUUUCUGCUAGCUCCGCCGGCCCAGCUGCAGCCAGAGAAGCCGCCGCCAGUACCCAAUGAUGCGCCGCCAUGACGGAUGCCAGACUUCUGGGGCAGCUGGAGACGACGGCAUGAGGAGACCUACCUGUAAUCGGAAGGGGGAACAGAAAGCUCACUGUGUUCAUAGAUUGUAUAGCGCGGGGACAACGGGACAGAUAUUUUGGGGAGUGGGGCAUAGUGUAAUAACGGAACAUGGCCAUGUGAUGCCACCCAGAGCAUCCGCUAACAUAUAUAUAAUUAAUCUUAAGUAGUCAAUUUCUUUGGGUUCGAGUCAAGGAUUUCGUUUAAAUACACACACACAUACACACUUACAAGUAUUCUGUACUACAUAUAUGUAUAUGUAAUUUAUUAAUUAGUUUAGUUCUCGGUUUGAUAGGCUAGUUGAGCCCAGCAUAUUUAGUGUUUACACUAGCAUAGUAAAUAGAUGUCUAUAUUUCGAUAUGCGCGUAAAAUAUUUAGAAAAUGCUAAGCAUUUGUCGACAUUACUUGAAGAACUUACUUGCAGUUAGUUCUAUAUAUACACAUACACACACAUAUAUAUAUGUUGAAACAAAAAUGAAACCAAGCCAUAAUAUACAAUAUUAAAGUUAAUCUAUUUACGAUAA